GGUUUCCUGUUGGACACAGGCAAGAAAGGGAGGGACACACACACACACACAGAUCCAGAGAUCCCUCCUCAUAAAUCCACCACACCGCAGAUCUUUCCAGACGCAUCUUCCAGGUCAACGCUCCGGAGAGAGAGAAACCAGCCCGCUGCGCCCCGCACCGUGCUCCCGCAAGGAUCCACCGGAGGUUUAAGGACUCCAAGAAAACGCAUUGAAGCAGAGAACAGGGGAACAAUGAAGAUGCUGCUGCCUCUGGUAAUCCUCCAGCUGCUCCUGGCUCCAGCGCUCACGGUGCCCAGUGUGGAUCACUGGGAGUCGUGGGGUCCGUACGGAGAAUGCAGCCGCAGCUGUGGCAGCGGUGUGACCAUGAGAACCAGACGCUGUAUCACCCACAGGUCUGAUGGAGGACAUAACUGUGUGGGACCAGACAAGUCUUACCGCUCCUGCAACAUCCAGGACUGUCCGGAGGGAUCCAAGGAUUUCCGUGAAGAGCAGUGCGCCCAGUUCGAUGGGACUGACUUCCAGGGGAAACGCUACAAGUGGCUCCCGUAUUACGGAGCUGAGAACCCCUGUGAGCUGAACUGCAUGCCAAGAGGAGAAAACUUUUUCUACCGCCACCGCAGCGCCGUGGUCGAUGGUACACCCUGCCACCCUGGGCGGAGGGAUGUUUGUGUGGACGGAGUCUGCAAGCGUCUCGGCUGUGACAACAUGUUGGAGUCUCCUCAGCAGGAAGACCCCUGCCUGCAGUGUGGGGGUAACGGACAAUCCUGCUACCGUGUCAAGAACAGCUUCUCUAUAAGCAGCAUGCCAAAAGGCUACAACCAGAUGUUCAUCAUCCCUGUGGGAGCCACCACCAUCAGCAUCAGAGAGACAGUGGCCACACGUAACUACCUCGCUAUCAAGAACCUGCGUGGUGAGUACUACCUCAACGGCCACUGGGUAAUUGAGUUCUCCAGGUCGACACCCAUUGCUGGAACCAUGCUGUACUACCAGCGAGGAGCUGAGGGUGACAACGUCCCUGAAACCAUCAUCGGCCGCGGCCCCACCACUGAACCUCUUGUUGUGGAGCUGAUCAGCCAGGAGCCAAACCAAGGAGUGGAGUAUGAAUAUUACCUCCCUAAUGGACGCUCCAGACAGGGCUACUACUGGAGCUUUGGAUCGUGGUCUGCCUGCAGCAGAGAGUGUGGAUCAGGUUACCAGUCUCGUUUGGUCUUCUGCACCAUUGAUAACGAGGCCUACCCCGACUAUCUGUGUGCAUCUCUGCCGAGGCCACAAACCAACCGUACAUGCAACCCACAUGCAUGCCCACAGAUCCGCAGCUGGAGAACCGGUGAGUGGAACGCCUGCUCCGUUACCUGCGGUGGAGGCUCUCAGGUGCGCAGUGUGGAAUGCGUCUCCCAUGAUGCUUCAGGCCCUCGUGUCGUGGAGGACGCCGUUUGCGCCGCCUACGCCGAGGCACCACCCGCUCUGCAGACAUGCAACAUGCACCAGUGUGCAGAGUAUCGAACAACUAGAUGGAGCGCGUGCUCAGUGACCUGCGGUUCAGGUGAACAGACCAGAGAGGUCACCUGUGUUGGUUCAGGAGGAAUGAGGCUGGAGGAAACAUCCUGCAGCGCUUUGCUCCGCCCGGCCGCGGUCCAACCCUGCGAGAUGCCGACCUGCCUGAGACAGAUCAGCUGGCACGUUGGAGAGUGGGGCCUGUGCUCCAGGAGAUGUGGCUCUGGCUCAAGAGAUCGGCAGGUGAUCUGCUCAGACCAAGAGAGGAACCUGUACCCUGUGGAUCAAUGCAACGCCCACCCCAAACCCACCACAGUGGAGCGCUGCAACACCCAGCCCUGCUACCGCCCACAGGUCGUUCCCAGCAUUCAGGACCCACAAGGACACGACAACACUCAGACUGUUUUCCAGCCCUACGUGCCCGACCAAACAGCCCGCAGGCCUGAGACCAAUCAGACGAACACAGUCUACGACCCUCACAGCUCCGUCCCGGCCAUCCACUGCAGCCAGUCCCAUUACGGCUGCUGCCCGGAUGGACAUACUUCCGCCGGGGGCCCCCAGGGUCUGGGCUGCCCACACGUCCCAGCUGCAGCUCCCACUGCUGUCCAGCCAUCCUGCGUUCAGACAAGUUACGGCUGCUGCCAAGACGGAGUGACGACUGCUCAGGGCCCCAACAAGGAGGGCUGUGUGGAGUAUGUGGCCCCUGCACCCACUGCUGCUCCUCUUCCCACUGAGAAUGCAGUACAGUGCCGUACCACCACCUACGGGUGCUGCUUCGACCGCACCACGCCUGCAGGUGGACCCAACGGGGAGAGCUGCCCCAACCCACCCAACCACAUCGAGCACUCGAUCUGCUCCCUGCCUCGUGGCGCCGGCUCCUGCAGCAGCUGGACCCCGCGCUACCACUACGACGUCAUCACCUCCAAAUGUGUGCACUUCUGGUACGGAGGUUGCCACGGCAACAACAACAACUUCAUGACCCGGGCCGAUUGCCAGAGGGCGUGCCAGGUACCCGCACCGAGCCAGCCAGACCCGGCACCGGUCGCUCCCACUUCCAGAAGAGAACCUACCCCCAGGAGGACGUCACCUGGAGCAGGCACCGCAGCUGGAGGAGGAUCCAGAGCAGGUGGAUCCACCUCUGGAGGAUCAACAGGCGCAGGGUCCCACAACAUGGGGAGGAUUUUCACCGUCCAGGGAGGCUCGACCAGCGGCGGCACCGGCAGACAGGCCACGAGCGCCGCCACACAUGCCCACAGAGGCAGAGUCCAUCUGCGCCCACGCCAGCCUCCCCCCGCUACUGCUGCACAGCACAGCGGCCCAGCAGCGAGUCUGACCCUGGGUGAGGUGACCAUCGAUAAGACCGACCCCUCUACAGUGGAAGCUUUAGUUGGCCAGACGGUCGUGAUGCCGUGCAGAGUCAGCCCGCCUCCGUCCUCUACGGUCAUCGUGGAGUGGAGAAGAGACGGCAUCCCUCUGUCCACUCACAGGCAUCACCAGCAGCCCAACGGCUCCCUGUUGGUCGGCCCUCUCACUAAGUCAGACUCUGGUUGGUUCUUGUGCGUGGCUACUCGUGAACAGCAGAGAGAUCACCGCUACAUUUACCUGUCUGUCACAGAGGGAUCGUCUCAGCUGACUCCUACCUCGCUGCCCAGAGACGGACCUUUCCCUCGGUUCAGCAUCGAGCGGUCGAGCUCGUCUUUGUUGGAAAUGCGAUCGGGACAAACUGCCAGACUUCCCUGCAAGAUUCUCCCUCCGUCAGCGAGUACGUCUGUCCACAUUCAGUGGACUAAAGACGGACAGAUCAUCUCCGACUCCAGGUACACACAACACUCAGACGGCACGCUGAUCAUCGGCCCUCUGAAGUCUGCAGACUCUGGUGUUUACACAUGUACGGCCUCCACUCAGCAGCAGCUGGAGCAGAGACAGCUGCAGCUCAAAGUUCAAACGGACCUGAGGAUCACCACAGCUCCCAAUAACAUCCAGGUGUCUGAAGGCAGCACGGCUCUGCUGCCCUGUGUGGUGUCAGGAGACAACGUCAAUAUCGGCUGGUCCAGGAACGGUGUACCGGUGCGUCCGGACGGUCGUGACAUCCUGAUGUCUUCAGACGGCAGCCUGAUCCUGAAUAACGUGAAGCCUUCGGACGAGGGCACGUACACCUGCAACGCUUACACCGGCAUCUACUCUGUGAGCGCCACAGCCGAAGUUAGAGUCAUUAAAGACACGCAACAAGGUGUUGAUGUGCCGCCAGAGUGCGUGGACCAGCCCGAGCUCGCCAACUGCGAGCUGAUAGUUUACGCCCGACUUUGCUCCAACUCGUACUACUCCAGUUUCUGCUGUGCCAGCUGCACCAGGCACUCGCUGAGGAACGACAGGUUCGGUCGGCUCGGCUGAAGCUGCUGUGGGUUUUCCACAACACUGAAUUUCUGCAAUUGCCAAACUGACUCAAAACACUCAAAUCUGUCCAGGUAGUGCAGAAUCAUAACUCAAAAAUGCAACAAAAAAAAGGGACUGAAUAUUGUAGAGGGAGUUAAAUCUGUGAGCCACUUGUUUGUACACUGAAUAUGGAACAUUAAAUAGGUGCCUUAAAGAUAAACGUAUCAUGUAAAGUCUGAAUGUGAUGAAGCAAAAGUCUCACUCUGCCACGUCUUUAACAUUUAAGUUAUUUACUCACUGGACCAACUGUGCACGUUCUCUGUUUUCUAGAGAAUUCAAAGUUCAUUUAAAGGAUUUAAAUUUAAAUUAUUCCAUCUCUGCUGUACUGUUUUGACCACUGCUCUGUUUUUAAUCUAUAUUUUGGCAUUUCACUGAUAAAGGCUUGUAUUUUCUCUUUGUUUAUUUUUAUGUAAUUAUUUUAAAAUAAAAAUAAUAUUUUGAUAAAAAAAAAAAA